UAGAUAAUAUCUAUUUACUUUUCGUGGCAACAGCAUCUACUCCAAUAAAACUUCUUCAGAAAAUAUAAAAAAGAAAUAUUGAAAAUUUUUGUGAAGCUUCAAUAUGGUUCUGAAAAAAUGGGUAGUCAAUAUUUUAUUUAUCUGCACUUGGUUACAUUUAGCUAACUGUGAUGAAUUGUCCUUAAAUGACCAAUUUUUUAAUAAUGUAAGAAAACUUAUCAAAAGACGCCUCAAGGAAAAUCAGCAGGAAAAUUCUGAGCUAACAUCUGAAGAAGAACGAACACAAAAUGUACCCACACCAAUUCUUGUGGAAAAUUGGCCCCAAGAGAAACAUUCUUUUGGUCAAGUGACAGCAGUAUCCAUUGAUCCGCAUGGAAAUCCAGUGAUUUUUCACCGUAGCGAUAGAUAUUGGGAUGCCAAUACAUUUAAUGAUAGCAACAUAUUUUACCUAAUCGAAUAUGGACCGAUUAAAGAAAAUACAAUUUAUGUACUUGACUCAAAAACUGGAGGUAUUCAAUUUGGAUGGGGAGCAUCGAUGUUUUACCUGCCGCAUGGAUUGACUAUUGACACAUAUGGAAACUAUUGGAUAACAGAUGUUGCUAUGCAUCAAGUGUUUAAAUAUAAGCCAUAUGAGGAAACACCACAAAUCACUAUUGGAAAACGUUUCAAGCCUGGUUCAUCGUUGAAUCAUUUGUGUAAGCCAACGGAUGUUGCUGUGUCUACAACUGGGGAGUUUUUCGUUGCCGAUGGUUAUUGCAAUCAACGAAUUUUGAAAUUUAAUGCAGCUGGUAGGCUUUUACGAACCAUACCCCAACCUCCAGAAUUUAUGUCAUUACAAGUGCCCCAUGGAAUCACUUUACUUGAACAUUUGGACCUCCUAUGUAUUGCUGACAGAGAAAACAUGCGUGUUGUUUGUCCAAAAGCUGGUUUACAAUCGUCUUUUGGUGAAGGACAACCUGCUGCCACCAUUCAAGAACCUGACUUAGGACGUGUUUUCGAUGUAGCUGCAUACGGAGAUCUUGUUUAUGCUGUUAAUGGUCCCACAUCGAUGUUACCAGUUCGCGGAUUUACUAUUGAUCCAGGUUCAGAAACUAUCAUUGGUCACUGGGGAGAAUUCAAAAACCCACAUUCUUUGGCUGUUUGUCCAAAUGGAACUGCUCUCUAUGUAACUGAAAUAGGAGAUAGCCCCACUACCAACAAAGUGUACAAGUUUAUUUUAGUUUAAUUGUAAACGAUUGAGAUGAGCACACAAUAAUUCAAAUAAAUCUCAAAUAGCCCUCACUACAUUGCCCAUAUCAAUAAAAUAUUAUUAUUAUUACAGUUUUAUAUACAUACGUAAAUACAUAUGCAUAUUAUUCCUGUCUAUAUUCUUCAAAUGUAACCAUGCAUAUUUCCGAUUAUAAAUAAUUUCAAUACAAAGAUGAAUACAAAUAUUUUAACAUAUUAAAUCUUGAGUUAAGCGAUUUGUGUAGUUAUAAUGCUUCCUGUGGUUUGUGUAAAUAUAAAAUAGAAAAUU